AUGGUAGAGGCCGCUGCGGUGGCCGAAAGGGAGCAAUGGUCCUCGUGGGCCGAUUUCAUAAUGAGUUGUAUCGGCUACGCCAUCGGACUCGGCAACGUCUGGCGCUUCCCGUAUCUCUGCUAUCAGAACGGAGGAGGCGCGUUUCUCAUUCCCUACUGCAUCUCGUUGGUCUUCUGUGGCGCGCCGCUCUUCAUUCUGGAAACGUCAUGGGGACAACUACUGUCGGUCGGCGGUCUCGGCAUGUUCAAGAUUUGUCCGAUUUUCAAAGGCGUCGGAAUCGCGGCCGCCGUCAUGGCCUUCUGGCUCAACAUCUACUACAUCGUCGUCCUCUCCUGGGCGGCCACCUAUCUCUACAACUCAUUCACAAUGUCGGAUGUACCAUGGAAGAACUGUGAUCAUGAAUGGAACACCCCAAACUGUCGCUCGGAAUACAUCAAGAUUCCGUGUGACAGUAACAGGACAAUUGCUGAUUUCUUUAAUGUGAAAGUGCUAACACACGACCAUAUCCAUGAGUAUAAGAAGCAAUUUUUCGUGGGCGACAAGAUCAAUUGGACCGUCUGCUCUACAGCGGACCUAUCAGUGGUAUCGCCAGUCAAGGAGUUCUGGAACCACCGCGUACUAGGAAUCUCCGCUGGUCUCGACAGCCCAGGUGGCAUCCGUUGGGACCUUGCAUUCUUCUUGCUCCUCGUCUGGAUCGUCUGUUACCUUUGUAUUUUUAAAGGAGUGAAAUGGACAGGAAAAGUUGUAUACCUCACCGCCUCCUUCCCCUACAUGAUGCUUUUCUGUCUCCUGAUCCGUGGACUGACUUUAGAAGGCGCCGGUGUCGGUCUAGAAUUCUAUCUGAAACCCGAUUUUAGUAAACUUCUGGAAUCCAAGGUAUGGGUGGAUGCAGUGACUCAGGUCUUCUUUUCAUAUGGUCUUGGGCUUGGAGCCCUUGUUGCAUUGGGAAGUUACAACAAGUUCAAUAACAAUGUUUAUAAACAAGCCCUCACCGUCUGCUUCGUCAACAGUGGAACCUCUGUCUUCGCCGGAUUCGUAAUCUUCUCCUUCAUCGGAUUCAUGGCGACCCAACAGGAAAAAAGUGUGGCCGAAGUUGCUCAAGCCGGUCCUGGACUCCUCUUCCUCGCCUACCCUUCCGGUAUCCUUCAGCUACCGUACACCCAAUUCUGGUCUGUCCUUUUCUUCCUGAUGGUUCUAUUCCUUGGCGUCGACUCUCAAUUCUGUACUAUGGAAGGGUUCUUCACCGCCAUCAUCGACGAGUUCCCACAGAUCCGUCGGAAGAAAUAUGGACGUGAGAUAUUCGUUGGUGUGAUCUGUAUCAUCUCCUAUUUGAUCGGUCUGACUACAGUAACUGAGGGAGGAUUCUAUGUCUUCCAACUCUUCGACUUCUACGCCGCGUCUGGAUGGGCUCUCCUCUGGCUUCUCUUCUUCGAGUGUAUCGCUAUCUCCUGGAGUCUUGGAAUCGAUCGUUGGUAUGAGCACAUGAAGAGCAUGAUUGGGUAUUAUCCGAGUGGUUGGUGGAAGUUCUGCUGGGUCUUCGCCACUCCAUCCGUCUGUUUCGGUGUCUUGCUCUUCGGACUCAUCAAGUAUCAACCACUUCGUAUCGACGCUUACAAUUAUGACUACCCGGUUUGGGGACAUGUGUUCGGAUGGUUCUUGUCUCUGUCUUCGAUGCUUUGUAUUCCUGGAUAUGCGAUUUGGAUUUGGUUCAGAACUCCAGGAACUGUUCAAGAGAAAAUCAAGCUCCUCUGCCGACCGGAUAUCGAGAUCAAAGGUGCCAUGGAAAACGCCGAAAACAUGGAACUCGUUGAAGACUUCACACGUACCUAA